AUGAACUCUUUUCAUUUUUGUUGCGUCUGCCCUCAAUCGCCAUCAGCGACGAAAGAGUAUCAGCAAUUUUUUGAAUCUAUAAAUACGUCAUCUACUUCGAACAGUGAUGAGGAGUCAUUGCAAGCCUUUCUCAUUGAGAAGUCCCUGAAAAUUCAACCCAAAGAAUUCAAGACAUUGGAUAUGAAUAUGAAAACAAGACGUCCUCCUCAACUAACUCGCUCACCAUGCUUCCGUACUCCUAAGUCAAAUGUGUACACGACAUUGGCAUCAACCAGCCAACAGCAGGGGAGCACAGCGGCAGGCUCACCUAAUCCAGAUGCAGAUGGAUCAAAGCUUGCGUAUUCCUGUCCCAAAAAGGAAAAUAAUCAGAUGACUGUAGACUCUCAACACAUCCGUCACUAUCAAGAAGUUUCCAAUUUACAAAAGCCACCACAACUUCCACCGAAAAUUGGUCUUCUACAACCACCUUUCCCUUAUCCACGGAAAACAUCACCUAAAUCUUCCCCUCCACUCAUGCCUUCGGCUGUCGCCUCGUUGGGCUUUAUCUCUAAAUAUGAAUCUCCAUUACCUCUCAAGACCUCUCCUAUCCCAGGAUCAAGUAAUCCGGUCACAGCUGAAAGUGAUACUCUGAUAUUUUCUUCACCGGAAACAUCUGUUACGCCAACAAGUAUACCUCCAGCUUUGCCACCCCGACGAAGAACUAAUCCAAAUAUGUCUCCUCCACCAUUACCUCCAAAGCCAAACCGGAACUCAUCUGCUUCUCCCCCACCUCUCCCUCCAAAGACAUAUAAGCAAAAGCAGUGCAGUCCCGAACCUCGACAAGAAAAAUAA